AUGGUGAUGGCGCUGGCGCCUGCGACGCUUGAGCGUGAGACGAGCGCUCAGGAUGCCGUCGACCAAGAGCCCGCCUUGGCCUACGACUCCAACCUCUUCUUCUUCCCAGGGAUGUACUGUCCCAGCGGCUUUGAUCUCAUGAAGAUUUUGUACUGCGUCGUGGCGCGCCCGCAUCCCGCCAUCGACCUCGGCCCCGUCGACGCCUCCUGCCCCAUUGUCCUCUGCGACCUCUACCUGCCGGACACACCCAUCGUCUAUGCCUCCCACUCGUUUCUCGCCCUCACCGGCUACAGUCUGGACGAGGUGCUCGGCCGCAACUGUCGCUUCCUGCAGUGGCCGGGCACGGUGCAGGAGCCGACCGUCCCGCCCUCGGCGCCGUCGACGCCCAGUCCAUAUGUGCAGCCGGCCGUGCGCCAGCUGCUGCACCAGUCGGUCAAGCACAACCGCGAGGUGCAGCUCGAAGUCACCAAUUUCCGCAAGGACGGCUCGGCGUUUGUGAAUUUCCUGUCGGUGGUGCCCAUAUACUGGGACGACGGCGGCGACGGUGACCGAAAUCGACAUCCAAGGAGGCACCGCUACUCUGUCGGCUUCCUCUGUGACAAAACUGCCAUGGAAUAG